AUGGACGACGACUGGCGCGAAGAUGGCAGCUUACGGGGAUUGAACGCUAGCGGCGGCGUCACAGGAAAGGCCAAGGGCAAAGGCAAAGGACCUCAAUUCACUCGCGUGAUCCCCAAGUUUCUGCAGAAGUAUCACCAACCGCCGGCCAUUCAGGCGAAGUUCGCAACUUUACCCAAGCCUGGAGAGGAGGAGGACGAAGGGUUAGACGAGGUGCAACAGGCAGCGAUCGACGAGUAUCUGGCACAGAAAAAAGAGAAGAAGGAGGAGAAAAAGAAGAAAAUGGAAGAAGAAGAUGGACAGGAGAACGAUGACGACAAGAAGAAGAGGAAUGGACAAACAGUGGUGCAGAUGGGCAAAGGCAAAGCCACAGCGUCCAACGGCACCAAGAAGAAGAAGCGCAAACGUGCAGAUCAACCAACACUCAGCAACAAGAAACUGUUAUCGUUCUCGAUGGACGAUGAAUGA